GCGCCAAGUCAUGCCGGCCGGACGGGGCGGCUCGCUCGGCGGUGUCACCUGUGUUGGGCGAAGGAGCCGCGGAGGUCAACCUCGGGCGGCAUCUCCCGCUUCAGAGGCGCGCAGGUAGCAGCAGGGGAAUCCGCUGCACUCCUGGUGUUGAGGAUGCCUGCCUUCUGGAUGGUGAGCCAAGCUUCCCGAGCAGGGCCUCCGGUGUGCCUGAGCCUUGCUCGAUUCCUCAGCAACACAGUCCCAAAAGCCUCCUACAAAUAUGUAAAUGUAAAAGAGGAGCCGACAGACAUGAAAUCUAUCACGGACAGAGCUGCACAGACCCUACUGUGGACGGAGCUCAUACGAGGCUUGGCUAUGACAUUGAGCUAUCUGUUUAGGGAACCUGCCACUAUCAACUAUCCCUUUGAGAAGGGUCCCCUGAGCCCACGCUUCCGUGGGGAGCAUGCCCUACGCCGAUAUCCAUCUGGAGAGGAGAGAUGCAUUGCUUGCAAGCUCUGUGAAGCUAUCUGCCCAGCCCAGGCAAUCACCAUCGAGGCAGAGCCCCGUGCAGAUGGCAGCCGGAGGACCACCCGCUAUGACAUUGACAUGACUAAAUGCAUCUAUUGUGGAUUCUGUCAGGAGGCCUGUCCAGUCGAUGCCAUUGUGGAGGGCCCCAACUUUGAGUUCUCCACUGAGACGCAUGAAGAGCUCCUGUACAACAAAGAGAAGCUGUUGAACAAUGGUGACAAGUGGGAAGCUGAGAUUGCUGCUAACAUACAAGCUGACUACUUGUACCGGUGAUGGAGCCCUGACCUUAGCCUUUGCGCAUCCUAACCAGCAAGUCCAGCCAGAGCCAAGCCUGCAAUAAACUGUGUGUGUGCAUUCACUGUUUGUUUCCCUGUGUCUUGAGGUGGCGGGGAGUGUAGAGGAGAAGUUGGGCGACUGUGUGGGACAGUUCUUUCUUGCCUUUUCCCUCAGCCCACAUUGUGGAGCUAGCAUGCUUCCCCCUUUCUGCUAAUGGAAGAGCCCUGACUUUUUUUGGGUGUGUGUGUGU